UCGAACCCUGCUUAUAGUUUUCCGCGGGACAAAAACGAGAUGUUGAUUGGUCGUCGUGUGUUAUUCCCUAGUCGAAAGUGAUGUGAGAUGGCGCGCGUGCUACUAGAGUCCCCAUCUACAUGAUUUGCAUGGUGAUUCCAAGACCGCACGCCCGGCACGCCGCACACCCCGCACUCCGCGCUGCGCGACCGUCUAGAAGGACAAAAAUCCAAGGCAGUGGAUACUAAUGUGUCCUCUCCUAACCUCGAAAUUGGAAUUUUCGCCCGUGUAUCUUGGCGAGGCGAUACGAAGCGACAAGUUUGCUGGCCACACUCGGAUUCUGCACAGCCCAACGUUUGUUUGCCCGAGAUCGAUAACUGCAGGUUAUACAUUCAUCAAGUGUGGGUCAUGCAGACCACUUGCAGAGUAAUGUAAUGAAUAGCUGUGGGAACUCUAAUACUAGCACGAGGCUACGUAGUUCCAAGUGCGCCGAGACUCUGGACGAGUCUGUUAAUCAGGGAGGGGAAAUAGACAAAGAGGGCAGUGGCGUGAUAAGUGGUUACAGUGUAAAUGAUCUUAAUGUGCCACGCAGCACCCUGGUCAUUUGUCAGCGAAACUCGUACUCUUCGGAUCACGGCUUUGCUAGAUUUAAGCCGAGAUUCAGCGGUGUCCCGAGAAAUGAAUUUCGAAUGGCGCGCGGUGGCAGCUCCGCGGAUCGCGCCAGGGGCGGGACGCGUGGGAGAGCCUUUAAAAAGACUCUCAACGAUCGCGAAUCCAAUUCAGAGUCCAGCUAUCACUCUACAUCUAGACCCAAGUUUCAAGAAUCGUUGAAAAACCACGAGAACGCGCAGGGCAAAUACUAUGACGAUAAAAGAAUAAAUGAGGACUCGAGGACUCUUUCUAAGCUUCUGCGGCGAUUGUGCCGCGAGGAUGACUACGACCAUCUAUUGGUGCUUUGCAAGCAAGUGCAGGAAGGUAUCAUUGCACCUGAAAAUCAGCGAUACGUACGACGCAACUUGGAGACAAUCUGCGAAAGUCUGUUGGAUUUUUUGCACUCUGGUCCUGGCCAGGAGGCGAAGCAACAGGUUGCAAAAUGCUUGGGUCGAAUUGGACAUGUGGUAGACCAAGAUUUUAAAAGAUACAUGGACUGGCUCUUUGGCAAAUACUCGGUGGAACAUAAAAAUGAUGUCAAAUGUCUACUAAUGAGGUCACUCAUCGAGACGCUCAAGAUGGACUCUGAGAUAUCCAAGUUGAAGGAAUUCUCCGUGCCGAUCAUGUCCCAAUUACAAUCGAUAUUAGAAAAUGUCGACAAAGCAGAUCUGCUGGUGGCGACUGUGGACGCUAUAUUACUCAUCAUAGAUUCCUACCCGGAGACCUUCACCAACCACUUCCGCAACACCGUCGACAUACUAGUGGGUUGGCACAUCGAUUCCACGCAACAAAAGUCUGUUGUCCUUUACGCGAGUCGGUGUUUACAAAAGUUGCGCUCAUUCUGGAUAGCGGAUCUGCAGUUCACCUUGACGCUACUCGGCCAAUUCUUGGAGGAUAUGGAGAGCUAUGACGAGGAAUUGAAUUCGCCGAAAUCCACUUUGCCCGGCGACGACGAAUCCCCGACACCGCGGGAAUGCAUCCUGCGAAUCACAUCGUUGAUAUCCGUAUUUAACACGGUGACCAAGAGCAUAGCCGAGCAUUUGAAUCCAAAUCUUGCGUCUCCCAACGUGCAGUGGUCAUUUCUCACCAAUUGCCUGGCCAAGAUGCUCAAGACCGUUGUCAAAGCGAUUGAAUUGCAACAGGAGACUGACAACACCUGGCCCGAGAUAUUCAAUAACGCGGAACACUUGAGCAAGAGUAUAAGAAACGUCAGCUCGUCGCAGCAACAUGUCGAGGCGCUUUCCAAACACUUUGGUAAAGAUGAACUUACCGAGGAGAAUCUUAUUAAGAUGGCGAGGUCACUGGCCACAAGUAAGAAAAAUGAUAACAAGAAUUCCAAGGUGACGCCUGCUUCUCCUGACAAAGGCUACCCUCUGUCCAAGGAGAAGGGACAGUUGUUGACAAGCGUAUUGUUGCGCUCGAUGGAACCGCAAGUCGCACAGAUGGAAAACUUGUCGGAAGAGAAGGAAGAAUUGAUCGUGGUCGCGAAUGAAUGCGCCUUCCUCCUUCUCGGUUAUCUUCAGAGCCGUGUUGCAAAGAAUCACGAGCUUCUCUACAAAUUUGUCGACCUUCAAUUACAGAGAGUCGACAUCUUUUGGGAUGACACUAUUAUUUCAAUGUUGACCGUCAUAUCGAAAAUAAUCAAGGAGGUAUCCGCCAACUUGCCGUUGGAAUUGGUGCACACGUUACUCGGCAAGAAUUCGAUGCUGCUGAAAUUGAGAUUCCGAAAUUCCAUUCCUAUUCAAAACGCCAGUCUGGGGGUGUAUCAUAGCCUGCUGAGCUUGAAGAAUAUUCCAUUGUUGCAGGAAUCGUAUCGGUAUAUACUAGCGGAUUUAGAGAUUGCUUACAGGCUCAUACUACCCGACAUGGAUGUCUUGGUCGCCGACAAUCCCUUGAACGACUUGAGAUACACCAAGAGCGACGUCGAGAUUGUAGUUACGUUUAUCCUACGUGCGCUCUCGGACAUAGCAAACGCUAGCAAUUCGAUUAUCGGAAUGUGGGCUUUGAAGCCCAGUAUCUUGGAACUUGUCGCAGUCAAGUUGAAGCCAUACGACAACGCCCUGUCGACAGCCAGCCCCUUUUUGCAAUACAAUAUUCUGUACUUGCUCUAUGCGCAUUGUUCCAGGUAUAAUCACUUCGUCCCAAGCUCCAGCUUGAUAACAGGCACCGGCGCUUGUCGUCCGAUGGAUAUGUUCCCCGGUACCUUGGACGUACCAACCACGUCACCAGCCAGCGGUCAUUUGUCUAUAAUUCUCAAUUUGAUAUCAAAGACGUACAACAAGAAUACGUCCGCGUGCACCUUGCUACUUUUGUCCACCUGGCUGCAAGAGAUUUGCGUACAGUCUGAGAAAUAUAUCGGGAUCUUGAGCGUAACUCAGGAGUGCCAGAGUAUCAUUGCGAGUUUAAUUAGUUGCGCCGCCACGACCAACGAUAAUGUCGCGAGCGCGACGUGCAAUCUCUUUGAAAUGUUAAUGACUGCGAGGAAUGUCGUGUGGAAGCAAGAGAUCUACUCGAGCAUCGUGGAUCUAGCGACGCUGCACUUGACCUCGUGCAACAAGACGAUCCGCGAAAGAUACGGUGCGCUGCUAAUGUGUAUGCCCAUUAACAUCGUUAUACCGAAAUUAAACAAGCAGUACUUGUUCUCGGACACCAAGAAGGCACGGGAGAUCGCGACUUACUCGACAGAAUCGUUGAUGCUCGCUCAAAGACUGCACAUGCGAGGUAACAACAAUGGGGAAUUGCUGGCGCAACAUUUCAAAACGUACAUGGCGUUUCUACUGCAGGAACAUUAUCUCGACGCAUCUGGGUUGUCGGAGAUAUUUACCUUGUGCUGGUCGGCCGUGCCGGAGAACGAAACUACGGCGAGGAUGUACGAUUUGGCGCUGGCGAAUUGUUCCUUCCUGUUUUUCUGGAGCGGAUUCGAGGCGGCGCAGCACUGCGUCCUCAACAAGCUUCGCACCUCUUUGGGGAAGCCGCAGGAAACGUUUACAUCGAUCGAGAGUGCCCUCAAGAUUCUGGCUCGCGAGGUCUCCUGUCACAACACGGUGGACGUCGUAAGGAGGGAGAGGCAGGAGUUGGAUCGUAUUUUGCACGAGCACACGCGAGUACGGCUCUUGGUCGAGUUCCUGGAACAUCUGGAGAGGGUGAUUCACAACGCGGCCGACGGUUGCGCGAUGGCGCUCUUGCCGCUGUCGAAGCCAGUGAGAACCUUUUUCCACACCAACAAGUCGACGUGUAGGGAAUGGCUGAAUCGCAUACGACUGGCCUUGUGCGUGGUCUCGUUGCACUCGGGCCUGGCGACGAGCGCGUUGCGAAGCGGCCAGAGGUUACUCGAGGACCUGAGCAAUGCCGAUAAUACGCAGAGCAUCGAGUUUGAGAGGGCGACGUUGUGGACGGCGCAGGCGAUGGUCGCGCUCGGCGAAGCGGAGGCGUUGCAGGGCCUCUACGUGUACGCCAAGGGCAAGGACAGGCAGUUCCCGUGGCUGAAGGCGACAAUGGAGGAGGCCGCCGGGCGUUACGAGUCAGCGGCGGAUGCCUACAGGCUGACGAUCGAAGAACACGCUCGCGUUAAAACGACCGACGACGAAAGCGGCAGAGGCGCCGCCGCGAGACUCGAGAGCGACAAUCAAGUGCUCGGUUUCUGCAUGCAGAGACUCGCCAACUGUUACAAGGCGGUCAGCGACUGGUCCGGACUAGCCGAAUGGAAGUCGCGGGAGGCCGAGAUGUUGACGCAAGACAAUUACGCCGUUCUCAGGAGGCAACUCGCUGACAAUAUUGUACCGCAGCAGGCGGAUUGUCUGAAAAAGUUCGAGGAGGGUAAGCUAAUCUCCUUGGACGAGUUGACCAAUUGGAAUCUGCUGGACGAGGAGAGGAAAAGUAAUUGGAGCUGCGCGAAAACGCUCGUCUCGUGCAGCAACAGUUUGACCAACGUUGCGCUGAGGAUUCGCCAAAACGUAUUCGACGACUCGUUCGAUGGCUCGUGGUGCGACAGCGUUGUCGACAAGUGUCAGAGAGUCGCGGCCAAGAUGAUGCAGGAUGGAUUGCGAAAUGUGCCGUCGGAGUAUCUCAGUGACGCUAUAUUGCUCCAAUAUUCCGCGACGGGGCUCAAGAGCUUCGUGCGUGGCAACAAGGCCGGGAGCAACGUUUUCGAGCUGUACAAGGUCGAUAAAGUCAACAAUAUCAACUCCAACACUUUAACGCAAGUCUUGUGGUGGUCCGAGUACCUCGAUCGAGCGUGCGACAACGAAGGCUCCACCACGGAGGUGGACUGCCUGCGAUUACACGUCGUCAGAACGGCCCGGAAGGAAGGCAACUUCAACUUGGCCAAACGGGAGAUGAUCAAGUACUUGAAGUCGGAGCGAGAUCUGAUCCGGCUCAAGAAUCCGACCGGCUACACCUUUACCGAGAUUACGUGCGGAAUGCUGAACGGGCCUGUUGACGUGAAAUGGACCAAGAGUAGUAUGCGCGCGUUCAGGGAAUUGUCCAAGUUGCUCUACGACAUGGACAAGACGAGCGAGGCUCUGAGGAUGUGCUGCGCGACCGCGUUGGGAAUCUCGCAAGCGAUUGUCAGCGGCGAGCAGUCCGCCGACUUACGGGAGACGGGGACCAAGCUCCUGCUUACCCUGGGUAAAUGGAUCCAGCAGGACGCAAACGUCGACGAGAAUCCUCAAUUGGAAGAAUUGCUCAGAUUCGAAGCCGUGCACAACGACGGCUUGAUGAGCAAGCUGUUUGGCGAGACGAUCGAUCUGAUCCCUACGUCGGACAUGAUAAUCGGCAAACUGAUGCAGCUUGGCGUGAAUCAGUGUCCGGACUUGCCGCGCGCCUGGUCCAGCUUUGCCGCUUGGUGUUACAAAUGGGGCCGGAAAAUCGUCGACAACUCCAAUUCAGGCCAAUUGACGGAUACCGACCGCACGCACAUACAAUCCUUGCUGCCGAGCGACAUUGCCGAGGCUGAUCUCGACGCCAUUUUCUCUAUACUCAGCCAGAACAAGACUAUACCGGAGGACGAGGGUGACAUCGACACCAACGACAUAAACACAUCCGACAUGAUAGAGAAUCAACUGAGAAACGCGUCGGUCCUGAGCCACGCCAGCAACGAACAUCUCGGCAUGCUGGUCGACAUCUGGCGGCAGGCGCAGAAGAGGAUCUACUCGUAUUACGAGCUCUCGGCGAACGCGUACUUUAAGUAUUUGCAAUUGGCGAACAACGACAGUAACGAGUGCGACACUAUCGCGGCGACGUUGAGACUGCUGCGACUCGUGGUGAAGCACGCGCUCGAGUUGCAGAACGUGCUCGAGGCCGGUCUCUCGACUACCCCGACUGCACCGUGGAAGGAGAUUAUACCGCAGUUGUUUUCGAGGCUCAGCCAUCCCGAGGCGUACGUAAGGACUCGUGUGUCGGAGCUACUGUGCCGAGUAGCGGAGAAUUCGCCGCAUUUGAUCACAUUUCCGGCCGUUGUGGGCGCGGUGUCCGGCCAGAAGAAGAUUUACGACAAGGUCGUUUACGAGAAGACCGCCGACGCCGACGACAACGAUAGCUCACCGAACGUGGACGUGGACGAGGUGGAAGGGGAGGACAAGGAGGACGAAGAGGAGUCGGUAGGCAUGUACAACGGCGAGCACGAGAGCUUGAUGGAUUCCUAUUUCUCGCAGUUGGUCGAUUGUCUCUCCGGCCGUAUCCAGGACUCGGUGGUACAGGCAAAAGUGCUGGUGAAGGAGCUCAGACGAAUCACGUUGCUGUGGGACGAAUUGUGGUUGGCGACGUUGUGUCAACAUCACACUGAGAUUACCAAACGAUUCGAGCAGCUAGAGGUCGAGAUUCAACGGGUGCAGGACAAUGCCUGGCUCGCGCCCGAAGAGAAGGAUAAAUUGAUCGCGGAGAAGCACAGAAUCAUUUUGAAACCAAUCACGUUUAUAUUGGAGAAUCUGCUAGCUAUGACGUCCGUACCAGCCGAGACGCCGCACGAAAAGAGCUUUCAGGACAAGUUUGGCGCUUCCAUCGAGGAGGUGAUAAAUCGACUGAACAAUCCCAAGAAUCCGGCCAAGCCGCAAAUGGCCAGCCUGGCUUUGAAACACUUGGAGAGCAAGUUGGCGCAACGCGUCCACCGACGUGCCGCUUAUUCCCUCUCAAUGACGGACAUUAGUCCCGUCCUGGCGAAUCUGAAGGACACUUGCAUCGCGAUGCCCGGCGUCGCCGCUGUCGACAACAGGAUCGUCACCAUCAUGUCGGUAGAUAAUAACGUUCAGAUUCUACCGACAAAGACGAAGCCUAAGAAGCUCAUGUUUCACGGAUCCGACGGUCACGUUUACACGUACCUGUUCAAGGGAUUGGAAGACUUGCAUCUGGACGAGAGGAUAAUGCAAUUCCUGAGCAUAUGUAACACCAUGAUGUCGAAGAACAGCGAUACGAAGGUCUACAGAGCGCGGCACUAUUCGGUGAUUCCAUUGGGUCCUAGAUCCGGUCUUAUUCAGUGGGUCGACGGCGUGACGCCACUGUUUAUACUCUACAAGCGUUGGCAGCAGCGCGAGUGCGCCGUAAACAGCAAGGCUGCUGGUGGCAAUUCGGCGAUUAUGCGACCGUCGGAGCUGUUUUACAACAAGUUGACGCCGUUGCUCAAGGAGUGCGGGAUCGGCUUGGAGAAUCGAAAGGAGUGGCCUGUGCACGUGCUGAAAAAAGUAUUGGAGGAACUAAUGAGGGAGACUCCGAAGGAUCUGCUGGCCAAAGAGAUCUGGUGCAACAGUAUCAAUGCUGGCAGCUGGUGGCAAGCCACCAAAAACUACUCGUACUCCGUUGCGGUCAUGUCCAUUAUCGGCUACAUCAUAGGUUUAGGCGACAGGCAUUUGGACAAUGUUCUCGUCGAUCUUAACACCGGCCAAGUUGUGCACAUCGAUUACAAUGUCUGCUUCGAGAAAGGAAAAACCCUUCGCGUUCCAGAGAAGGUGCCGUUCCGUAUGACGCCAAAUAUCAAAACGGCUCUAGGAGUGACCGGGGUCGAGGGUAUAUUUAGGUUCGCUUCCGAGCAUACGCUGAGAGUGAUGCGUAGAGGCCGCGAGACGCUCCUCACCCUGCUGGAGGCGUUUGUCUACGAUCCUUUGGUAGAUUGGCGGGCGGGUGCGGACACCAGUAUAGCGAGUUACGGCGCUUGCCAGGCCAGAGCGAGGUGCACCGGCGUCGGAAGGAAACAGCUGGAGCAGGAACUGACGCGUGCGAUGUUUGCGGUGAGAACGGCGGAGAUGCGCGCCGAGUGGCUGGCUAAUCGAGACGAAUUGGCGAAAAACUUGCCGCUGCUGUGCCAUCACUUGAACAGCUGGAUCGAGGUGACCGAAGAGUCGCGUCAGUGUCAGGACUUGCUGCAGGACCGACAUCAACAGCUCGCGCUAGUCAAGGAGGCGCAGGCGAUGGGUCGGAAUCACACGUUAUAUUCGGUAGUGAAGCGAUACAAUUCGUUUAAGCGAGCGCGGGACUCUCACGAGAAAGCAAAGGCGGGCCUGAAGGAGAAGAUAGAGGAAUGCGAGAAGCAGAUUAAUAUGCACAAUAUCGCGUUGGCCGCGGUGCGAGGUCCCCAGCUAGGACAGUGGCUGGCGGAACUGGGAACCCUGACCAAUCAGCAGGAUAACGUAGUGUUCGACCUGGUCAAGGAGUUCCUGCAGAACGCCGGACAAAGUCAGAUGAUAGUGCAAUGCGAGCAGUCGGAGAACGAGUUGACGCAACUGGCCGCCGACCAGGCCUUCUCCAUAAGCAAGUGCUUGGAGCUGUUGAGCCAGUAUUCCGCCAUCUGCAGCCUGUACCCUCUCAGCAUCCUCUCGCAGCACCGCGCCGUACUUUAUCACGCUUGGGCCAACGAGCUAUUGGCCUCGGGCACCGUUGACGCGUGCCACCGAGUAAUGGCGCGGCUCGAAGCGAGUCUAAACCCAAUCAAUCCGAGCACUCCGCAGGUUCAGCAGAUAAUUACCUUCUCCUAUCAGAUGGAAGCCAUCUUGAACGAGUACAGCGAGAGAUACAAGAAAGCUUACGAGAGGACCGUUUCCGAAGGCUUGCCGGAAGCCGGCAAUAGAAUCGAGAAGGCGUGCGCCGAGUCGAGGGCGCAAAUCGCGGGAUUUCUGCGACGGGAGAAGGGCGCGGAGAGAGCGCUCGAGUGCGUCGACAUCACCGCGCUGUGUGCCUUGAACAAGCGAUACCUCACGAUGGAGGGCGCUGCCAAGUGCGCCGGGGAUUGCUUGGCCAACCUUACGUCCCGCGACGGGGACAGCUACCUCGACGAGAUGCGUCUCAUGUCGUCGUUGAUCGCCGAGCUGGUCACGCUAAUACCGGAGAACCACAAGACCAACAACGAUCCCAAGAUCGCGCUGAUAAUCAAGUGCCUCAAGAGCGCCGAUUGUAUCUACAAGGGUCUGCAGGAGCUCAACUACAACUUCCAGACCAUCAUAUUGCCGGAAGCGAUCAAGACCAUCGUCACGGAGGAGCCGAGCGUUAUGCGAAUGAUAAACGAGCUCGGCGAGAUCGUAAUGCUUACCGGAAUACCGCUCGGUGACAUCCUGGCGCAGCUCGAGAUGCAUCUCGAGCUCGUCAUGAAGGAGAUGGAGAGCCCGCACGCGGUAAUACAGAGCGUGGUGGCCAACGUGAGAUUACGAUUCGAGGCGUUGCUGUCGCGCCAGGCGGAGGAUCAGGAUUUCAGCCAGGAGGAAACUCUGACGCCGGGCCAGAUGUUGCUGAUGGGCUUCAACGGUUUGUUCGAGAAAUUGCAAGUGGAAGGUAACGCAUUGGUCACCACCCUGAGCUCCUUGGACGUUCCGAUCAAUUGGAAGAAGAUCGAUCAGAUACGCGAGGCCAAGGAGAUGAUGUUGGCGCCCAUCUUCAACAAGGCGAUCCGGCAGAUUCUCGAGGACAUAUUCCUCAUCAAGAGGCUGCGCACCAUACAAGAGUUCUUCGUCAUGUGCAGGGACACCGCUACCGCGUUCAAGGGCGGACUGGCGAACGUGUACGACGACGAACGGCUCAACAAGCCCGUUCGAGUGUUCACGGCCGACUACGUUUCGCGGCAAUUGCUCGGGGUGAUGUCGCAAACGCUGGCGCUCGCCCUGUGUCUCUUGCUGCAACGAAUGGGCCUGAAUGUCACCACCGAGAUCGAGCAGCGGGACAUCGGGGCGGAGAGCAAGGUCUCGCUCGAGGAGCUGUGCCGGAAGAUGGUAGAUUUGUGCAUCAAGAGGGGCUUGUUCUCCGGCUCGGUUCUUACGCAAGCGGGCGCGUUGAUUAGUACCUUGGAGAGCACCUGGCGGCGAAAGCAGGCUGCUAGACUGGCGCAGCAGAGCGCCGAGGUGGCCAGGGUCAGUCUUCAGAGGCUUCAGCUUCAACAGACGGCUUAUCAUUGGCUGCACGAGGACGUUCUAAUGAUGAGGCCCAAUAUGAGCCCGAUUAAUCCGAUGAGUCCGAUGAAUCCGAUGCAUCCCAUGAAUCGUCUGAAUCGCUCCACCUUUAUGCUCGAGUUACGGAAGAAGGCGGCGAAACUGUCUAGCUUGCAGUCGCGAGUGUGCGAGGCGCGCGAGCAACAGCAGAAUCUUGUUUCGAGCGCUGUACAACGUCUCAAGUGGGCUGCCGGCGCGAAUCCGGCGCUGGGCGAAGUCAUGUCCGCAUUCGACAACGCGGUGCUGUCGUCGUGCGAUAAAUUGACCAGGCAACACAAUCUGGCCGCGAUGGUGGUCAGCACGUGCAACUCCAUACUGCACUACGAGGCCCUGAGGACCAGGACGUCGGAGAGCGUGACGCACGACGCCAAUCUGGUGAAACUGAUCAAGCACUGGGAGGAGAGCUGCGUGCUAACGGCCAAUCUCAACAUCACCGUUACCAUGACGGAGGAGAGCCUGGUGCAGCUGCUGCAACUGGAGAACAACGUGGACGCCACGUGGCUGAAGCAGGCUGAGAAGAUUGUGUCCGAGGCGAUCGUCGACACCCAGAAGCAGCUGCAGGAGAAACAAGAGGCUCUCUUCACGGCCGAGGACUAUUUAAGGGAGCGAGUGAUGAAUCUGCAGAACGUACUCGCCGAGCAUCACCGACUCAUGUCGGACGUUCGAGCGUUGCUGAAAACAAUGGCCAAGCAGGAGAGCAUUGACGGCCUGCAAGACUUUCUCUUUGCCUAUCGAUCCUUCACGGAGAGCAUUUCGGCGGUGGUGAAGGAACUGGAAGCCGAGAAUUUCGACUCGGCUCGCGGCACAGCGAUCAAGAAAGAAUUUGAGGCGAUGGCGAUCAGAGUGCCCAGUUUGUACAAUCGAUUGCUGGAAUUUGCGAGCGAGCGUAAGCUGAAUUCGGCCAAGGGCGCGGAGAAGCUCGCGGGUAGUCUGCCGAAGAAGAGGAACAAGAGAAGGAAGAGAAGGGGGGCGGGGGGGACGACGAAGGGUAAGCUGGUGCGGCAGGACAGUGUGUGUCUGAGCCCGCGAAAGGGGGCACCGUUGAUCAGAGAUCCCACCACGGGCAAGGCCGUGCAAGAGCGAAACGCCUAUGCGCUCAACGUCUGGCGCCGCGUGCGUAUGAAGCUGGAGGGCCGUGAUCCGCAACCGUUGCGCAAGUACACCACGGCCGAGCAAGUGGAAUACGUGAUACGCGAAGCGCAGAGCAACGAUAAUCUGGCCUUGUUGUACGAGGGCUGGACACCGUGGGUCUGAACGGACGACGGCUGGCGCUCGCGCGCCUCGAUGGCUUGACACUCGUCUCACACGGUACUCUCAUUUGUACCGUCGUACCUGCGUCGUCCUACGUCGCCUUACGUCGCCCUACGUCGCCCUACGUCGCCGUAGAGAGCAAAACACU